ACCUGAAAAGUGGUUUAUCAUACUCGAUAAUCGGUCCGUUAAUUUUAUUUUGAAAAUCACAACCAGGAAAAGACAAUGUAGCUUCCGCUAGCUUGACGCAAACGCCAUUCGCCUUGACGCUGUGAGGUGAAACUUGCUGAUCUCGUUUUAUAUUUCAUAAAAACAGUCAGAUUCACUUUCCUCCCCCCGGACACUCGGUGACGGAGAGCGACGUCCUCAACUCCACGAUGUCGGGUCACGGUCACGGACACGGACACGGUCACGGCACCGGCUGCGGCUGCGAGGGGGAACACGAGCCCGCCGAGAGGGGCCUGGAGUAUGGACUGUUCCAGAAGAUCGACCUGGAGAAGCUGCAGUGUCUGAACGAGAGCAGGGACGGAGACGGGAAGCUGGUGUUCAAGCCGUGGGAUCGGCGGAACGAGCGGGACCAGUUUGUGGAAAGCGAUACGGACGAAGAGUUGCUGUUCAACAUCCCUUUUACCGGCAGCGUGAAGCUGAAGGGCAUCAUCAUCUCUGGAGAGGACGACGAAUCUCAUCCAGCUGAGAUUCGACUGUACAAAAACAUUCCUCAGAUGUCCUUCGACGCCACUGGCAGAGAACCUGAACAGGCCUUCAGACUCAACAGAGACCCAGUGGCGGAGCUGGAGUACCCAACGAAAAUCGCUCGUUUUUCCAAUGUUAAUCACCUCUCCAUCCACAUCUCGAAGAACUUCGGAGCGGAGAGCACCAGGAUCUACUACAUCGGACUGCGGGGCGAAUUCUCAGAGGCUCACAGACAUGAAGUGACCAUCUGUAACUACGAGGCGUCGGCGAACCCUGCGGAUCACAAAGUGGAGAGCAUCAUUCCGCAAACCAACUUCAUUUCCUGAAAGGUUUGUAGAGUGGUGAGGAAGAGGAGGAGGAUGAGGAUGAAGAGAAGCUUCUGUUUCGUCUGCUGACUUGUGAUUGACGCACGUCGAAUGGUCAUAGAUGAGUUCAACGCUGCUGGACUGGCAGGUUGGUCGAGCUUGACCGGGGACUGAGAGAUUGAAGGGCUUCAGAUUUGUCUGGAAGAGCAAGAGUUGUUUUCUACGGAAAUAAAGAUUUGAUGGCUCAAUGUGGGCAACACGCUUUAUAAUAAAUGCAUGAAAUAGUUGACACUUAGAUAAAGUCUGUGGUUAUCAGUUUAAUGUCUUAUACACCUGAUAUAUCAAGAUAUUCAUCACUUCAAUAAAGUGAUGACUACUACACAGCUACUCUCAAAUAAAAACGGCGAAUGCUAGAAAUGAAAACAAA